CUUCACCCUUCUCUUCAUCCUUCUCUUAAACAUUCUCUUCACCCUCCUCUUCCACCUUCUCUUCAUCAUUCUCUUCACCAUUCUCUUCAUCCUUCUCUUCAUCCCUCUCUUCAUCCUUCUCUUCACCCCUCCCCUCACCCUUCUCUUCAUCAUUAUCUUCACCAUUCUCUUCAUCCUUCUCUUCAUCCUUCUCUUAAUCCCUCUCUUCAUCCUUCUCUUCACCCUUCUCUUCCACCUUCUCUUCAUCACUAUCUUCACCAUUCUCUUCAUCUUUCUCUUCAUCCUUCUCUUAAUCCCUCUCUUCAUCCUUCUCUUCACCCUUCUCUUCCACCUUCUCUUCAUCAUUCUCUUCACCAUUCUCUUCACCCCUCUCUUCAUCCUUCUCUUCAACAUUCUCUUCAUCCUUCUAUUCACCCUUCUCUUCACCCUUCUCUUCCACCUUCUGUUCAUCAUUCUCUUCACCAUUCUCUUCAUCCUUCUCUUCAUCAUUCUCUUCAUUCUUCUCUUCACCCCUCUCUUCACCCUUCUCUUCCACCUUCUCUUCAUCAUUCUCUUCACCAUUCUCUUCAUCAUUCU